AUGGGGGAUCAUCACGACCACGACGAGCUUCUAAGUCUCCCGUUUGAAGGCUCUGGUGCUUUGAUUCCGUUGACACGAUUAUAUCACCCACCAUCUCCGCACAAAGUACAUCCAGGAGCAGACUCAGUCAUUGAGCAGGUUCAGCAAUGGCUGUACACGCAUCUUGAGCAACUGGGCGCUGAGAAGCUCAUCAAGGGCAUCGUCAACGAGACAGCAUCCAUGUGCACCUACCUCUACCCAAACGCCGACGAUGAAGGAAUCUUUCUCGCCACAGGCUUCAUGACUGUGCAAUUUAUCAAUGACGACAUCUUUGAUAGCGCUGCUAUUCUCAAGGCCAUUAAGGCGACUCCGUCGGGACAACGUCUGGCUAGGGAUCUUCAGAAGAUGCGCGAUACUCCACAGCGGAUGGCAGACGGUAUUUUAUCCGCUGCGCGUAUAAUGGAGAAUCCUGAGGCAUAUGCAGAGUGCCGCGAGGUGGUUUCGGACUUGGAGACAGACCCGUUCCUUCUGGGAGCUAUACACGGGCUUUCGACGCGUAUGCACAGCCGCGGCCGACGCAUCAAUAAGGAGCGCUUUGAGGUCUGGCUGGCCAAAUCAUGCACUGCCAUGAAGGACUUUGGCAAGUCUCAUGCCCUGAUCUACAGUGAAGCGAAAAACAUGACCGUCGAAGAAUACGCAGACCACAAAUUGAGGAAUUCUGGAAUGAUCUACACCGUUCUAUUCGUCGAGAUGGCAAUGGGUACCUUUCUUUCUAAGCAGCACAAUGCUAUUCCAGAAAUCCGUCAGAUGCAGCAGCACUCCGAAAAGAUUGGCUCAUUACUGAAUGAGAUUUUCUCAUAUGAGAAAGAAACAUUUUUGGAGAAUACAAAUAAUCUACUCGCCGUGCUGGUGCGUACGGAGAAGAUUAGUUUAUAUGAGGCCGCGAGACGAGUCGUACAAAUGUCACAGAGACAUGCCCAGGAGGUGAAGCGCUUGCGGAUUGAGAUUGAAGCUGAGUGUGGUGACGAUAAUGGAGAAAAUGCUAUCCUGAAGGCGUACGUCGCGGAUAUGGAGCUGUUUGGUGCGGCGUGUUGGUUUUGGCAACUUCAGGGCACGAAGCGAUACUUCUCCAAGACGUCGCCAUUUGCUGAGCUGCGACUGGAGGCAGAAGCUGAGGAUGCAUAUCAAAGUUGCUCCUACUAA